UCCCUCCUUUUCCUUUUCUUUUUCUCUCUUCCUCUUUCUCUCUCUCUCUCUCUCUCUCUCUCUCUCUCCUCCUCCCUAAUUUUUUUAGGUAGAGAGACUAAGAGAGAUAUGAGCUAACCCCUCAUUCCUCUUAAACGGCGUAAGAGGGAACCUUUCCCCCAAAACGCCGUUUACUUUCAACGUAAAAUCACCAUUAAGUCACGUGCGUUUACUCUUUUCCGUUUUAAUUUUUUUCGUUAUUUAUGCUCAUGGCCUUGGAGCAGCAGGUGAGCCUGAACCCCGUUGACGGCGAAACUAACGGCGUUGACGCCCGCCACCCCACGUCAGCGGAGACCGGAGAUGACGCCAGCAAGGCGCCGAGGCUGCCACGCUGGACGCGGCAGGAGAUUCUCGUCCUCAUAAACGGGAAGAGGUACGCUGAGAGCCGGGGCGGGGGGCGGACCCCGAGGUCGGACUUCGGGUCGGGUCAGGCGGAGCCGAAAUGGGCCGCGGUCUCGACGUACUGCAAGAAGCACGGGGUGAACCGGGGACCGGUCCAGUGCCGGAAGCGGUGGAGCAAUUUGGCGGGGGACUUCAAGAAGAUCAGGGAGUGGGAGGUGCAGAGGAAGGACGAAACGGAGUCGUUUUGGGUGAUGAGGAACGACCUGAGGAGAGAGAGGAAGUUGCCGGGUUUUUUCGAUAAGGAGGUUUAUGAUAUAAUGGAGGCGGUUCCGGGUGCUCCGAUUUCGCUCGCUCUACCGGGUCCGACCCGGGUGGAGUCCGAGGAUGUGAAGGAGGAGGGGAUGACUGAGGAGGCUGAGAACUUGUUUGAUAGUAUACAGAGGCCCACGGAGGACGGGUUGUUUUCUGACGAUGAGUCGGGCCGGAGCCCUGAGAAGGAAGUCCGGUUCAAGGAGGGUCCGGGGAGUACCACAGUGAUUUCAGGUCCUUUGCCAAUAUCAGAGAAGCAGUAUAAACCAAUACCUCAAGGAUGCCAAGGACAAGGUGCAGCAGACCAAAAACAGCCAGCUUCAAUACCUGAGAUUGGAUCUACUUCUCAAGACCGGAAGCGGAAACGUUUUACAGUAGAUGUAGACGACGAAACAUCCAAUCUGCAGAAUCAGUUGAUUGAUGUCAUGGAAAGGAAUGGCAAAGUGCUUUCUGACUAUCUCCAUGCUCAGAAUUCCCAUUCGCAACUCGAUCGGGAGCAGAGGAAAGAGCAUUCUGAUAGCUUAAUUGCUGUUCUUAAUAAGCUUGCAGAUGCUUUUAUGAGAAUCGCUGAGAAAUUGUAGCAGACGAGCAACAAGUUACAACAAAUCAGUGUACAUAGAGAAGUCAUCUUCAAGACCCAUAGAUGUUAGCGGAGGCUGAGAAUUGGUGGAUUAAAUUUGAUCAUUCAUAUCGUGGGAUGACAGAAUUCAGUAGGGCAUUUACAAAUCACACCUGUUAUUCCACCUUUUUAAAAAAAUUUAAUUUUCUUCUACUUGUCUUUUUGGUGUAUGCCACCCUUGUGGCAUAUUGCCCCAUUAUAUUUGUAGAGUCUAUACACAGAUAAGGUUUAGAAAUUUCAAAGAGUUAGCACAUUUCUGCUGCUUUUCUUUCAUAUAUGCCCAGCUCACAUGGAAUUUUCAUGUUAGAAUGUCUUUGUGACUGUACAGACUCUUGAUAUCAAUAAGAAGCAUACUUUGUUAUUUGGGA